AUGGAGAAUGCCCCUGAGAGGCCUAGGCCUCCACAUAAGUGGAAAAAAGUGGUAUAUGGAGGGAUGCAACCUGGAUACGAUGAUAACUACACUGAUGAAUCUUUCCUGGAAGACAUGGUUAUGAACGCCAACGUUGUGAAGAGAGACUUGAAGAAAGUGAUGCUCGAUUCGAUUUCAAUUUCCCAGUACAUAUGCAUUGUGGCCGUUGUCGUCUGUGUCUGGGCGUACACAUUAGCUUCAGCCAUCAGUGAAAAAUCUCUUCUCUUUCUUGACGUUGCUCUGCUGGGACUCGGUUUUGUGGUCCUCCUUUUAAUGGAUGGUAGGCUCACCGUCUGCUUGCUUUCUCGCUAUCUCCUUAACAUUUCAUUUUUCAUCGGCAGUUUAUACGUCCUAGCACCCAUUUAUUACACUCUCACAAGGUCCAUCAGCUCCGACUCCAUAUGGGCACUCACUGUUUCGCUUGUCAUACUCCAUCUCUUCCUACAUGACUACUCAGGUUCCAUUAUUAGACCACCCGGUGCGCUGAAUAAUCCCACAUUGGCCAGCAACGUAUCUCUGAAUGCUUCCAUCGUCUCUUCAGUCCUUAUAGCCUCGCGCCUUCCCUCCAGGCUUCAUGUCUUCGCUGUAAUGCUCUUCUCGUUGCAGGUCUUCUUGUUCGCGCCUCUUGUUAUGUAUUGCAUUAAGAAGUUCUCCUCCAGACUUCAUCUCCUCUGCUCCUUCCUACUGAUGGGUAUGGCCCUGGGCUUGAUAUUUCCCCUGCACCGUUUACUAUUUCUGGUGUUUGGGGGUCUGCAGGUGUUCAUUAUAGUCGUCUGUCCUUACUGGCUCAUAAGAAUCCAUGAAUACAAGUUUGAGAUAAAUGGUCCCUGGGACGAAGCCAGGCUCUGCUUCGACAUAACAGAGUGA